UGUACGCACGCCGCCCUAAAAAGAAAAGAGUUGGUCAACAUGGGCUUCAAGAACGAUAACAUCCUCAUGGAGGAGUCCGCUCAAAUUCUUGAAAUUGAAAACUUCAUUCCGCUGCUGCUUCAAAACCCGAUGGACGGGUACAACCGUUUGAAACGUUGGAUCAUGAUCGGAGAUCAUCACCAGCUUCCACCGGUCAUCAAAAACAUGGCAUUGCAGAAGUAUUCCAACAUGGAACAAUCGCUCUUCACCCGAUUGGUUCGAUUGGGCGUUCCGACGAUUGAACUGGACGGACAAGGUCGUGCCCGAUCCAGCAUUUGCAAACUUUACAAAUGGCGAUACACUAAACUCGGUGAUCUGGAUCACAUCACCCAGUGGCCCGAGUAUCUCAACUGCAAUCCAGGCUUCGCGUACGAUUACCAACUGAUCAACGUGGACGAUUUCAACGGAGUGGGUGAAUCGGAACCCAAUCCCUACUUCUACCAGAACCUGGCGGAAGCCGAAUACAUCGUAUCGGUGUUCAUGUACAUGCGCAUGAUCGGCUACCCAGCCGAGAAGAUCUCCAUUCUGACCACCUACAACGGUCAGAAGCAUCUGAUUCGGGAUGUGAUCGAUGCUCGUUGCGCCGAUAACCCACUAAUCGGGAAACCGUACAAGGUCACCACCGUUGACAAGUACCAAGGUCAACAGAACGACUACAUCCUGCUGUCGUUGGUUCGUACUAAAACGAUCGGACACAUUCGGGACGUGCGUCGUCUGGUGGUCGCCAUGAGUCGUGCCCGGCUUGGUUUGUACAUUUUUGGACGGGUUUCGCUGUUCAAGAACUGCGUCGAGUUGCAACCGGAAUUCAAGUUGCUGACAAAGCGUCCGCUUCAAUUGCAUCUUGUCGGAGAUGAGACGCUCCCGAGCACCAGGAAGGUGGAUGACAAGACCGGAGAUAAGAAGCCCGCCGUAAUCAAAGAUAUGACCGAUAUGGCACAGUAUGUGUACAAGUUCUACAUGACGAAGGUCAAUGUGAUCCGUGACGAGAUGGAAAAGAUGAAGGAGCUCUACGAGCAGCAGCAGAAGGAACUGGCUGCCAAUCAAUCGGCUCAAGAAGAAGAUUCGGAAACGAAUGUCGCUAAACCCGGGGAGAAAGAGCAGCAGCAACCGGAGGAAUUUGUUGCAAUUCCAAUCUGUAAUUUGGUUGACCAGUUUGAUCAGCAGCUGGUGACGCAGAAGAAGCGUACCAAGAAGAAGGGGAUUCUUGGGAUGCCGGUGGCGAAGAAAACUGCAGUGAAGGAGAAGGGCUCUGAAGAAGUUCAGGAAAAGCUGCCGGAAAGUAUGGAAACAGCUCCAGAAGAAACAUCCGACGUUGAACAACAGGAUGACGAAGGAAAAUAUGAAGAGAAUGUCCCGGUAGAUCAGCCCGAGACAGCGGCGCCGGUGGUGUAG